AUGAUGGAAUUCGAAUCUAAUACAAGUACUGCCCGCCCUGGCACCAAUGAUGCAACGAUUAUGAGCCACAAGCGCACUUGUGACCUGUUGGAAGAUGCAGACACCAAAAAAUCGAAAUUAGAUACGAGCUGCGAUGAUACGACGAUUGCAAGCACCGUUGCUGGUGCCACGUCUCUCCAGAACCCAGGAUCGCCUAGUGAAAACUCGAUUGAAAAUGCUGAUUUGGAUCCGGAUUGUCAUUGUCGGAUGGAAAGUACGGUGGAUCCAGCCAAUGCGGCCUGGAACCACUUCCAGCAGUCCAACGAGAAUCAUGACAAGGUUCCCAAUCUUCAAAGCUAUCUAGAAGCCAAGUCGAUGCGCGAAAAUGCCAAGAAACAAUUUCUCACCUCCAUCGAAAUCUACUUUGAGGGUUUGACGCAAACCAUGGACGAUUUGCUCCAACACUCGGUGGUGGCCAUUCACAACGAAAUGGAGGAGCGUCUGGAUAGUAACGAAGCUGACGUGAUUGCUACUCUCAAAUCCAAUCACAAUCGUCGGCACAUUAUGCGCAAACAAAUGGACCAGGCCAAUCAAGCUUGGGUCCGACAAUAUUCGCAGGUUUGCAACAAGAUUGCUCCUCCAGAGCAGGCGAGUCCAACGGAUGAAAGUAUGAACAAGACAACUGGCGAGACGACCCCACCAGCAUCAUCAUCGUCGCCUCCAACCUCUCCUGCCAAUGACAGCAAUCUCCAAGACGACAAUGGUGAACUUGAUUGGGAAGCUUUGGGAGACACUCCUACCAAUCGCAACAAGAUUCGAGGCUUCCUGACCGCUCGCGAGCAAUUCCAACAUGCCGCCGAAGCCUUGUCCCAAGAUUUGGACGACAUUCAUGCUGGGUUGCGUGCCCAAGUCGAAGCCAUAAUUCAAGUGGCCGUCGACGUCCAUGACCAGGACGAAAAGACUUGCUUUACUCUAGAGGAUGACAUUCAGUUCCAUCUCAUGGAGAAUGAAAAGCGCCGUGCCAAUCUGCAAGAAAAGCUCGAGCAGUCGGCCAUGCAAGCCCAAGGUCUCUUCGCCGACCUUCUCUCUAGACUUGCUCAAAAGUAA